AUGCACCGCCAGCCGAUUCCCAAGGGCUCCAAAAAGAAGCGUGGCAAGACUGAGGCUCCCGCUGCCCCCUCUACCCCUGCACCUCAGGAAUCAACCUCUACCGCCGAACCUACCGCCAACGGUGCCUCCUACGAAUUCCCCUUUGUUAAAGAACUUCAAAAGAGCUUGAGAAACGCGACUAAGAAACUGAAUGCUACAGCCAAGGUGGACGCAAUCGUUGCUGAAAACCCUGGAAAGUCCCUCGACGACCUCGUGGCAGCCAAGAAAAUCAAUGCAGACCAAAAGGCGCAAAUUUUGAAGAAACCCGGCCUCCAAGAAACCGUUGCAUCCAUUGAAGAACAGCUCCUUCAGUUCAAACAGUAUGGCGCUUAUUACGAUGAUCGCCUCGCGAAGCAAAAGGACGAGCUCGAUAAGGCCCACAAAGAGGAACUGGAGAGUAUCAAGCAGAGUAUUGUUGCCGAAACCAUGCAAGCGGCGGAACAAGACUUUAAAGAGCGUUUGUUGGUGCUCAGUAAAUUCUUACGAGCCGCUGCCGCAAUGAGACGCAGCGGAGAUGAAACUUCAAACGAUAGUCGUGCCUUCGAAGGUUCAUUAUUCCAGGUCUACGGCGGUAGCGAAGAAGCAGUGGACGCAAUGACGAAGUUGAUCAAUGGCGCAGAUGAGAAGGUCCCUAGUGUUGAAGGCGACCUACUAGAGGUUGCAUACUCCAGAGUUAAACAAGCUUCAUUGGACUACAUGCCUCCCUCAGAAACGUGGACCGAGGAGGCCCAGCAACCCGCAGAGUCAACACCUACAGCCGAGACUUUGCCAGCCAGUGACCCGACCAUAACCAAUGCUGGAAUGACGGAAUUGCGCGACCAAUCCCUAGCGGAACAAGCUUCGACAACCAACGGCUUCGCACCUCCUACUUCUCACCCGGCAGAGACGGUCCCGGCCCAAACUGUUGUGACCGAUGGUUCUGCUAAUCCUAUGGCACAAGCUGCUUGGGAUCCCCAGCCUGAUCUGACUAAAACCCAAGUUACUGAACAAUGGGUGAAUGCUGAGGCCGAAAAGGCCGCUGAAAUUCCGGCUUCAACACAAGAAGGUCCGCGCCCUCCCCUUGAUUCGACAAAUCGUUGGGCUGAUGAUGUCCCAGUGACACAAGCUACUCCUGCCGAAGGACCGCGUCAAGGUGAUGGGUUUGAGCGUGUCUUCCACCAUACUAGACAGAACAGCGGGCGAGGCAGAGGCUCCUUCCGCGGUAACCGUGGCGCGAAUCCCCAUCGCGGUCGAGGAGGACAAUUCCGUGGAGACCGUGGCGAUUUCCGUGGCCGUGGCCGUGGUCGCGGGGAGUUUAGAGGUGGCCGGGGCCGUGGAUCGUUCCAUCACCCAGGAGGCGAAGCUACACCCGCGCAGUAG